AUAAACGAACCGCCGAAUAAUGGAACAAGGUAGCUGGAGAUGGCUUUAUGCCGACCCGGUGUCUGUAAUCCCGCAUUCCGUCGCUCUCGUCUCCGGGCAUAUUCGAAACCCACCUCAUCAUUCCCAAAUUACCCUUCCACCUCGUCCAAAUUCGCAGACCUGCCAUUCCUGCGACAGAAGCCUCUCCGCGUAGCGUUGUUCUCCGGCGCAGUAUUUCCUUCAUCGGCGUCAUCAUCGUCCAUGGAAGCUCCUCCAGAAGGUUAUCGCAGGAAUGUUGGAAUCUGUCUCAUCAAUCCUUCCAAGAAGAUUUUUGCUGCUUCGAGGCUGGAUAUACCAGAUGCUUGGCAGAUGCCGCAGGGGGGCAUUGAUGAGGGUGAAGACCCAAAAGCUGCAGCCAUACGGGAACUAAAAGAAGAGACAGGAAUUAGCUCAGCAGAAGUUAUUGCAGAGUUGCCUUAUUGGUUGACAUAUGACUUUCCACCCGAGGUUCGAGAGAAACUUAGGCAUCAAUGGGGAUCUGACUGGAAAGGUCAAGCACAGAAGUGGUUUCUUCUUAAAUUCACUGGGAAUGAAGAAGAAAUUAAUCUUUUGGGUGAUGGAACUGAGAAACCCGAGUUUGGCAAGUGGUCAUGGAUGUCACCAGAACAAAUAGUUGAGCAUGCUGUGGAUUUUAAGAAGCCUGUUUACAAGGAAGUUCUGGCUGGUUUUGCUCCCCAUCUUCAAUAACAAGAAACUAUUUCUCAAGUUUUCGCAUGGUUAAAGUAUACAUGCUGAUAACUUUAGUUAAAUAAGCCGGGUUAAAUUGACAAUGAGUUGCACUUCAGGUUAUCAGCUUGGAUGUCUCUUUUACUGUAAGGAUUUGAUAUGAUUAUAGUUGAGCAGCCUAAAGCUAGCAUGAAAUAAUUGGAUCUG